GGGAAAUGUGCGUACCAUCUCCAAAGAUAAUGCUUUAAGAUACUCGCACUUGUGUUUGCCGGCGGAAACAUGUUCAUAUCAUACCCACUGCACUCGAGUAUGGGCGGUACUGCUGCCCAUGCCCGGAUACUUUUCCUGGAGGGUUUAUCAUACGGGGGGGCAAAGUUUAGGCGGCUAAUUCAGCAACAAACCCAAAGUCAAUGUUUUUUUGCUUUUUUUUUUUUGCUUUUCCAACCUCUUUUUUCCUCGGCUUGAAGGUUGUUGGAGUACUCGUACAGUACUCGUACAAUACAGCACGGGCUGUGAUUAUCCCCUUUGAUUAUAAUUCGCGUAAGCGGAAAUCAAAAUACGAUAUUGCAUUCGCCCCAGUGUCAAAAGUGCCCGAAAACAAGGGGGGGGGGGCACUCGAGUAUGUAAAGUACAGUACGAGUAUCAUACAGGAGGGUAUAUUCUCUACUCGAAUAGGAACUAGGAGGCACUCAGAUUUUCCCC